AGAGGGAGGAGAAAGUUUGAGAGAGAGAGAGAGAGAGAGAGGGAGAGGGAGUAUUAAUGGCAAAGUGUAUGGUGGCAGAUGCACACAUUGAAGGAGUGCAAUAAAAGGGUUGGGCUGUUGAAACUUGAAUGAGUUGUGGGUAGGUUUGAGUUUUUAUAAUGCCUCCUCUCUUCUGAUCUCUCUCGGAAACCCCAAAAGGGAAGAGCUUUGAACUCUCCGUCUCUCUUUCAAUUUUCUUUUCUCAUGGGUCUUUUGGGGUGCAACUCCAAAGCAAAUGCACCCCAGGAACACAAAGUGAUUGAACACAACACACACGUACUUAAUAUUGAAUCAGAUACUGCAGCAGGGAGGCAGUGAUGGUCUUCUUUGGUUUAGCUGCAUAUCUUCAUUUAAUCUCAGCCCCCACCUUUCCUUCUCACCAUUAACUCUCUCUCUCUCUCUCUCUCCCUCACAACACACACACACACACACACGAAGUGGGUUGGGUUGGGGUCAUUUUCUUGGUAUAUAUCCUUUUAAUGGGUCUGUAUAGGUGUUUGGAGUUGGUAGAGACAAAGGUGAAUUUGGGUUUCUGCAGCAACCUGGUCUUGCUAGUAAUGGCGGUAUAGUUCUUGCGUUUCCUUUUCCUUUGUUGUCUCUCUCGCUCUCAGUGUUGUUUUCUUCCUCUUGGCACUGAAUGAGAUACACAAGGAUAAUGGGCGUCUUUCAAAGAAGGAACACACGUCUCCUUCCUCCUCCUCCUCCUCCUCAUCUUCUUCUUCCUCUUCUUCUUGUGGGCCUCUAUUUCUCCAUCUUCCUCCAGACAUCUUCCGCUCUAAAUUACACCGACUAUAGACAAGUUAGUAGCUUGAGAUUACAGAGGAUCCAGAGGCACCUGGACAAGAUUAACAAGCCACCCGUCAUGACCAUUGAGAGCCCAGAUGGAGAUGUCAUAGACUGUAUCCACAAGAGAAGACAGCCAGCUUUGGAUCACCCCCUUCUAAAGAAUCACAAGAUCCAGAAAGUGCCACCAGAAAUGCCCCAGAGGAGAUCCACCAUGGGCAAACCGGACGACGCUACCUCGGCCCCGAGCAACGGCGGCGAAGCCGCAGCAAAGGGCGCAUGGCAGACGUGGCACCGGAACGGCACGCGGUGCCCAAGGGGCACAGUCCCGGUGCGGCGCAGCACGGCGCACGACGUGCUGAGGGCCAAGUCCCUGUUCGACUUCGGCAAGAAGCAGCGCGCACUGGCCCUCGCGCGGCGGCAGCCCGACGCCCCGGAUGUAGUCAGCGGGAAUGGCCACGAGCAUGCGAUCGCGUACACGGGAUCGACGCAGGAGGUGUACGGGGCGAGGGCGACGAUAAACGUGUGGGACCCGUCGAUCGAGGAGGUCAACGAGUUCAGCCUAUCACAGAUCUGGGUACUCUCCGGAUCAUUCGACGGCUCUGAUCUCAACAGCAUCGAGGCCGGAUGGCAGGUCAGUCCAGAGCUCUACGGUGACAACCGGCCUAGACUAUUCACGUAUUGGACGAGCGACUCGUACCAGGCGACGGGGUGCUACAACCUGCUGUGCGCGGGGUUCGUGCAGACGAACAGCAGGAUCGCGAUCGGGGCGGCGAUCUCGCCGGUCUCGACGUUCUCCGGCAGCCAGUUCGACAUCACCAUCCUCAUUUGGAAGGAUCCAAAGCUGGGGAACUGGUGGAUGGGCUUCGGGGACAACACGCUGGUGGGGUACUGGCCGACGGAGCUGUUCACGCACCUGGCUGACCGCGCGACGAUGGUGGAGUGGGGCGGCGAGGUGGUGAACUCGCGGCCCGACGGUGGCCACACCGCCACCCAAAUGGGGUCGGGCCGGUUCGCCGAGGACGGGUUCGGCAAGGCCGGGUACUUCCGCAACCUCGAGGUCGUCGACGCUGACAACAGCCUCAGCUCGGCCCAGGGCAUCUCCACCCUGGCCGAGAACACCAACUGCUACAACAUUAAGAGCUCCUACAGCAACGAGUGGGGCACGUAUUUCUACUUCGGCGGGCCCGGGAAAAACCCGCAAUGCCCAUGACCCGACCCGUGUAAAAUAUUUUUGUGAUCAUCGUGAUUAAUCGGGCUUAGAUAAAAAAUUUGAUCACUGGUCGUAUUAAUUAGUAGUGAAAGCGAAAUCGAUUAGUCUCUCCCAGCUUCCUUGUCUAAUGUAAUUCUUUGAUUAUGUAAUUAAUUAAGCAAUUUCGCGCUAUUUUCCGCUAAA